AUGACGGAGGACGAACUUCUGGCUCGAAUUGAGCCCGUCGCUCAACUGGAGGGACACGAUGAUCGUGCCUGGCAUGUCGCAUGGAACCCCGCACGACCCAUUCUCGCAACUUGUUCUGCAGACAAGUCCGUGCGCAUGUACAGUUAUCGCGCAAAUCCAAAUCCCGAAGACGAAGAUUCUCUGUCUUUGACUUUCUCCCAUAUCGCAACAAUACCGACCGGUCAUGCGAAGACCGUCCGAGCGAUCGCCUGGUCACCGUCCGGGAAGACUCUGGCGACAGCAUCCUUUGAUUCUAACAUCGGCAUUUGGGCUCAAGAGGACGAUGAAACCGAAGAUGAAGAUGGUGGCUCGCCUAAUGCACAGUGGGAGUGCAUGAGCCUGUUAGAAGGACAUGAGACAGAGUGCAAGAGCGUCGCAUACUCGAGCUCAGGUAAUCUACUUGCCAGUUGCAGUCGUGACAAGACUGUAUGGAUAUGGGAAGUCCAUCCCGACUCCGACUUCGAAUGUAUGGGUGUGCUCAUGGAGCAUUCUCAGGACGUGAAAUGCGUCGCUUGGCAUCCCACAGAGGAGAUCCUCGCCUCCGCCUCUUACGACGAUACCAUUAAGCUAUACAUAGACGACCCAUCUGAGGACUGGUUCUGCUUUACGACGCUAACCGGGCACGCGUCAACAGUGUGGUCGCUCGCGUUCUCGCCCGAUGGCCAGUUCCUCGCGUCGGGAUCGGAAGACAAGACUGUGCGUAUCUGGGAGCGCGUGCAGGAACACAAGUGGGAGUGCGUCAGUGUGCUGGACGGGCACGAGCGAAGCGUGUACUCUGUCACUUGGGGCCGUGGGAAAGGUGCGGAAGAGGGCAGCGUGGGCUGGCUUGCGAGUACGGGCGGGGACGGUAAGAUACUCAUCUGGGACAUCAGAAUCUCGGUCUAUGCUUCUGGCGGCGGCAAGAGCACGCUGACUCACAGAGUGCUCGCACGUCUCCCUUCUGCGCAUGGGGUGUUCGACGUGAACAGCAUCGUGUGGUGCCCGAAGGAGGGUCUCGAGGACGUCUUUGCGACUGCAGGAGAUGAUGGGCUUGUACGUGUGUGGAAGGUAAACUCACGUUGA